ACUCAUGGCAACUGAAAAGGUCAGGGGCAAUUGAGGGUGAGUUCAAUGGGAAUAUUUUUAUAAUAUGGUUGUGGAUUUGGAUUUACAUCAGAAAAUGGCUAGCUGAUCCCGGGAUUUUUGUUGUUGACAUGUCGUCAAAACAUUUUCCAAUGUUAAGAAAUCUUAUUUACAUAUUUCAAAAUGACUUCUAGAAACCAGAUUGAUGAAUUGGAUAAGAACUCAAAGGCUGAAGAAUAUUCCAUGCAGUUAAUAGUCGAGUUCUUAGUUGCACAAGGCUUAAAUCGCACAGUGGAGAUACUGAAAGAUGAAAUUUCAUCUCUUGGAAUAAAAGCUGUUAAUCAAAUUUCAACUAAAAAAGAAAGAAUACUGAAAAAUGAUGUGGUCAUUCUGCUCAACCUUAUAGAAUCUUCUGACCACAAAAAGUUUUUUACAAGCUGGGAAUCAUUGAUACCACAAAGUAUAAAAGAAUUGCCGGAAUGCAAAAAACUAAGAGUUUAUCUGCAUGCUUAUUAUGCAACACUUCCUUUCCGAGACAAUUUUCAACCGUUUGGACAAAAUUCAGCUAUUCUUAAGGAAAAAAAUGAUGAAGAAACUACUGCUGGAACCAGUGAGCUAAUCAAAAAUGAUUCGCACUUGAAACAAAUCACUAAUCUAAAUGGAACAUUUGUUGUCGAAAAACCUUACCAAGAUAAAGUUCCUAUUAUUGAUGAAAUUGAUUUAAUUCCUUCAAAUGAUGAUGAUGAUGAUGCAAAAUGUGAAACAGAUAGUCUUGAGGAUGAAUCUGAAUACAGCAAACACAAGAGACAUUAUGCCAAUUUGUCAGAAGAUGGGCAUCCGAGUUCCGCUAUGAAUAUGUUUAAAACAUUUCUUUUAGAACACGGCGCUGAAUUUUCCGAAGAGCCAGAAUUCCUACCUUACUUUGCUCUUCCAUUUGUCGAAAAUCCAAAAACUCAUCCUACUUUUGUAACAAUUUUUCAGGAUGAUUGGGUGGCAAAUUUAAAAUCAAAACUAAACCAAUUUCUAAUCAAAUAUUCCUGUGGUGAUUCUGUCAUUCCAGAAAUUGUCAAAAUCUGCAAGCAAAACAUGAUAAAAGAAAAUGAGGAGAAUAUAGACGUUUCAAACUCAUAUAAAGAUAUAAAAAGGAAAAUGCACAAGUUGAAAAGAGAUCAUCAAAAACUAGUAGGUGUAGCUUCAGAGUUGGCUUCAGCAUUAGAAAAAUCAGUUCAGGGGGAAGGAGUGGAAUUGAAAUCUAUACUUUUCAAUUGCAUUUCAAUAUUUCCCGACCUUUUUCCAAUGCAUGUGUCAGAAGAACACCAAACUUGGGAUCAAACAGGAAGGGAUUUCUUGCUAAAAAAACAAAUUCUUCAUUCUGAUUUGGAUGCGCAUAAAAUUAAAAAUGACUUGUACAACGGAAGUGUUAAAACUCAGCUUCUACUCUUGCAAGCUUUGAGAUGGCACAUAACGCAGAGUGAGACAGAAGAAAGGGAACAAUAUGUCGUUUGGCUAGCUCGUCACGACGUGCUCAACUUAAGGAGCAAGAGUAUUUCUGAUUUUUUUUCUCCAUCAACAAAUCUCCAUCCACUCCAGCAGUCAGUCGUCCGACUUCUCAAUGCAAUAGCAUCGUUAAACUGUGGAAGAGAUUAUAUCGGAUCCUCGACUAAAACCGUUGACCUACUCUUGGAAGCAAUGAAGUCUAAAAACCUCGACCAAACUUCAGAAAAUAUGAUUGUUGCUACAAUUCAAAAACUAAGUUUAAGAAAACCACUCUGCGAAAGAAUGAUUGACCAAGGGAUGAUUGAUCAUUUGUUGAAUAAGUUGAGAAUGAAUAGUUUUAACAAAUAUACACUUCAAUAUUCGACAUCAAUGCUCAUGAAUCUCGCUUUAAAUGCUCCUUUGUCCUAUUGGGAUAGGCAUGCAAACAUUUCUUCCUAUAUGGUGGAUUUGUUGUUAAAUUCUGACAACGAGGUGAGUGAGUUCAUAACUGUGACGCUCUGCUGUGCUCUUAGAAACGAAGAGGUGAACAAACAGUGUGCAAGAGAAGGUUUGGGAAUAAAAAUUGGCCAAUUUUAUAGUAAGAACAAACACAACCCGACGCUAGGCCGACAGUUGGACACUUUGUUAAAACUGCACAGAAGAGAAAUUUCUCCAUUUUCUCUGCACCUGGGCCAAAACUGUGAGGAUGAACUGGAGGACCCAGGAGAGUUGGAUGCUGAAAUAGAUGAAAACGAUAUGGUAAAAGGAACAAUUUGCGGAGAUGAGUUUCUUGAGCAGUACUGUCUGAUUUUUCCAAAACAAGGUGUGGUCGGAAGAAGUAAUGACAGGUUUUCUAACGUUCCUGUUCAAACUAACACGCCUGCUGCAAGGUUACCACGCUGGGCAACUGGAAAAUAACGCCUUAGUUUUUUUUUUUGUUUUUUUUUUGCUUGGAUCAAACUUUUUUUUCACAUUUGUCUAAAUUCAUUGGAGGA